AUGGAUGUUAUCAGUCCGACAAUGAAGAUGACACACGCACAUGCCCACUACUCGCUCCCCCGCCCCCCCCAUCUUACCAACACUUUCCGUUUCAGCUACAGUCUCCAGGACCCUGUUAACAUGGCCACACGGCCGGCUCAUGUAACCGCCUCAGCCCCUGAUCCCAACACUGUCUGCAUCUCUCUCUCCCACACGCUGGUUGUCGCUCUAUUUCGUUCUCUCUCGCUUGCUAACCCCCGGUCAAUUUUAUACUAA